AUGAACAGAAGUCACGGGCUGUACAUGCAGAGGUCACGGGCUGUACAUGUAGAGGUCACGGGCUGUACAACCAACUUCACGUGUUCACAGCUUCACGUCUUCUCUAGUUGGAUCUUCGCCGGCGGCCAUCAACUUCGGUGUGACCUUGUCCCACCAACAGCUUGCUUGGUAUCUUGUCGGAGGAACACCCCAGAUUUGAGGCUAUAUCUUAGGGGCACCGUCAAGUUCGUCGUCAGCUUGUCCUACAAAGAUCUUCGUUCAUAUCUUCUCCCAAGGUAUGAUUCAUAUGUUGUUUUCCAUGGUUGCAAUCUGAAACUGGUUCUACUGGUGUUGUACUCCAUGCAUGGUUGA